AAUCAGUUUGCUUAUUUUGCAGUAUGAGAACAUGGCAACAGCUGAUGACAAUUUACGCACACAGUUCCAACUCCUUCAAGAUCAGCAGCAGAAAAAGUUACUGAGACGUAAACAACGGAAAGAAGAACAGCGUGCUAAAACAGCCUCAGUUUUGCCUUCAAGUACUAAUAAUGCAUUUGGUGUCAGUGACCAACUCGAUUUGAAACUAGCAGAUCCAGUUGGGAAUAGAAGUUCAAGUUAUGUCUCCGAGGAGUUAGUGGAUCAUCUUAAUGAACAGAUUAGAGAACUAAAAGAUGAGAAUGGGAGAGUGUACAAACUGCUUAGUGAAAGAGAUUUUGAAUUGCGUAAUCUCAAGAAAAAAAGAGAAGAAGAAAAGGCUGCUCUAGCAGCAACGGGUGGACCAGUUACCAAUGAAACAGCUGGUACAAAGAUUGUAGAGCUCUCAAAGAAAGUACGAGAAAUGACGGCCGAACUGGAAUCUGAGAAAACCAAGAGCCGGCAGUAUGCAAAAAAAUGCCAGGAUUUACAGCAACAGAUAGCGGGCAUGAAUUCAGACGGCAAGUCAAUUAGAGCUUCCACAGUCAGUCUUCGAUCCAGUAUUGAUGAAAAGUCAGAUGACCCAAAUGAGAUCAAAGUUUUGCAGGAUAAAUUGAGACAGAUGGAGUCAAAGAUGAUCGACUAUAGAAACAGUAACUCUACGCUCAAACAGGAACUCAGAAUUGCUCAUAAGGCACUGUCUCAAGAAGUUGGAGACAAUGUUAACAUACAGCAGUGUUUGAACGGAACUAGCAACUGGCGAGGACGUGCUACACAAAUUCAACAGCUUCAGCUGAAGAAUGAAGAACUGAAACAAGAAGUACAGAAACUACAGGGUGCUACACAGACAACUGAUCUAGAGGCAGAAAUGCUGGGAAUCAAGAAGAAAUCAGCUGUAGAGAGACAUAAAGAUCAAUUGAAGAAAUUGGAGAAGGAGAAGAAAGAUGCUCAAGGAAAAAUGGUUGCAGAAAAAGAAGCUUUGGAGGAGGAAAAUUUUGCUCUCAAGCAUAAAUUGGAUGUUUCUAAAACAAGGAACCAGGUGCUAAGUACUGAAAUAAAAAACCUGAAGAAACAGGUGCCGGAGUUGUUACAGAAAAAUGAACAUGAUAAUGAACUUAUAGAGGCUCUUAUGAAAGAGCAAACAAAUUUACGACAACAGUUGGAUGAAGCACGGAAGAACCAACACAAUAUCAAACUGGAGCAACAACACAAAAUGAAUGAAAUGAAUGCUAAAGAACAACAUGAAAAGAAUGUGGUUGAACAACUUAAAACUAUAGUGGCAGACAAAGAAACUAAAGUUAAAGUUUUAGAAAAUGAGAUACAACAGUUAAAACUUGCACAUCUACAGAGAGCCCAAGCCAACAAGUUGUUUGAACCUUCAGGGAACCAGUCAAUGGCCAGUGGACAAACACCAGUUCCAGUCCAGAAUGUAACGAUUGACAGUAGACCUUCUACUGGGUUUGAGACCAUAGAUCUGCAGUACAAUAUUGGCACAGAUACCCCACCACCAGAUUCCAGGAUGUCAGAAGUUCCUAAUAUGCCAUUAUCAGAUGGAAAUGCCCUUCCAUCUAGAGGCCCUGUAGUGGAAUUUGCAAAGCCUCCAUCACGGGGGCUUUCCAGGAGCCAUUCUAGAAACAGCAGACCCUUAUCUGGUAAUAGACCACUAUCAGGAAAUAGACCUUCAUCCAGCAGUAAAACUGUAGAUAAUGAGAUGUACAGCCAGCUACAGUACCAAUGUCAGGAGUAUCGUACAGUAGCCCAGGUUGCUGAGGUAGAGAGAGAUAAGCUUAUGGAACUGAUGAAAGUCUUGCAAACAAGGUUGGAUGACUCAGCCCAUAAACUUCAGGAAAGUCAAAAAGAACUUGUUGACCAAAGAAGGAGAAAUGCGCUGCUGGAGAAACAGGUGGCUAAGGCUAACCUUACUACUGCAAGAUCUGCUGGUGGAAUGUCUGCGAGGAAGAAGUCCAGUAUAACUGCCAGUGUAACAAACUUGCCUACAAUGCCAGAGGAUGAUGAUGUACGCAAUAUGUCUGUAGAGGAACUAGUCGUUAAUUUGGAAAUUCAGCGUGAUGAAAAUGAAGCAUUAAAAACAGCUUUACAGACAACUUUGAAAUCCAAAGAAGAAGAUAUGAAAAUUUAUAGUGACACUAUAGAAGAAACUAAAAAAGUGUUCCUUCAAGCUUUAAGACAGUAUAAACAAACAGUGCAUGGGACGUAGCACAGAUUUAUAUUUAAAUUGUGUUGAAAUAUAAAUUUGUUAGAGAUGUGAUAAAAAUAGCUGAAAUAUAUUAUGAAUAUUUAUUGACUGAGUCAGAAGUCAUUAAAACAGAUUUUACAAAUAAAAUAUGGUUAAAAUGCAUGCCUUAAUAAAUUUACAAUGUUUUUAUUUUCCAGAGAUGUUAAGAAAUUGUAUGUUAAUUCCCUUAAAUGAGAAAAGGACAUACAGUAUGUCCAUUGUUCGUUUUAAAUUUCUAGUCAGGAUAGUCUUAUGGUUGUCAAUGGAUUUGCACAAAAUUGUUUAUCAAAUAUUGGGUCUUGCUGGUUAGAUCACUCCUACAUUUAUUUCCCUUUAACUAUGCAGUUGUGUAAAAAUUGUUAUGAAAAAUCAGGUUUGUUAAAUGAUGGUAUCAGGGGUUUUUUGCUUUUGUUUUGACCCUUUACUUUUAAACUUUGUAGUUGUGGAACAUAUUUAAAUCAAAUUUUUGAAAGUGUAGGGCAUGUAGUUUUAUCAGAGUGGUCAUCUAGCAUUGAAAAAAUAUAAUCGUAGUUAAUCACAAGUUUUCUGAACACACUUUGUAUAACUAGAUGUACCCAUGCUUGUAAUAAGUUCUUUUUUUUUUUGCAUACCGUGUGUUUCAGGUGCUUACUUGGGUGCCUAGGAUGACUCCUACUGCAAAAAAUGGUGAAGAUAAUUAUGCAUAGAUUCCAACACAACAAAACUACUGUAAGAAAGGUGUUAAAACACUGAAUUAAAAAAGAGUAAUUGGUUGUAUGCAAGAAAAUUCUAACUGGCUGUAGGUGUGUACGUGAAUACCUGGCUUUCCAAUAACAGAUUAGACAGUAACUCAGCAGGUCCUUUUUUACUGUCUUUAAAGUUUGCCAGAGCCCUGUAACUGCUUAUGCAAUUGCCUGCAAGUUGGGUAUUCUCAGCAAUACAUACAACCAGUGAAUUAUUUUGUAAAGACUUGAAAUAAAUCCUUACCUGAUGUUUACUCCUACAUUUGUAAUAUCAGAAUGUUUCUUCAUUUCAUUAUCCUCCACUUUGAAGAGGAGGGUGCUUUGUUUUGCUCAUGUCUGUUGGUCCCUUCGUCUGUCUGUUGAAAAAGGUUUUGGCCUACAGUUGUCAAACUUCAUCGGAUGAUUGCCUUUGGUCACUGGAUGACCCCUAUUGGUUUUUGGGUCAGUAGGUCAGGGUUUGACCUUGACAUGGAAAACAAUUCAGAUGAAGAACAAGAGGAUGCUGUUGUCUACAGUUGUUUAAUGUUUUAGGAUGAUUGCCUGUUCUUAGUAGAUGACCUCUAAGAUAUUGAGGGAAAUCUGUUUAAUAUCAAAGUCACAAUGAUCUUUAGACUGUAAGUAGUUUCAGGUCAGAAAUUGGAGAAUGCUUGGGCCUACAGUGGUCAGACUCCAUAGGUUAAUUGCAUGCGGGCACUGGAUUAGCAUUAAUGUUGUUAAAUGUCAAGGUCAUAGUGGUAUGGCAACUUUAAUUGGUUUUGAUCUUUGACAGGAGAGUGUUACAGCUUGAUUGUUUAUGGUCAGUAAAUAACUCUGUAAUGGUCAUGAAAUAGAAAAUUACACAUACAGUGUCUUUCAACAGACUCUCAUGGGGGGCAUUGUGUUUGUUACUAUGAAUAUAAAGUUAUAGUCCUUUACUUAUAUAUUUUGUGCAUUAUUUAUGUGGAUACUGUGAAAUAGUAAUAUUUGUUACGGACACAGUGGAUUUAAUUGCUAGGUCAGUCUAAGAAAUUACAUCCAAAUGAAUAAGUACACAAGUAUAUUUCCCAUUCAGUUUUUUCUUUGAAAUUUUAAUCUAGAAAUUCAUAUACCCACGAAACAGUUAUUUUUGCCAAAAACCACAAAAUUUCAUUGCCAUAAAAUUAAAUGAUUUCACAAGUCAUUAACUUUAUUGGUAUAAAAAUUGCUCCUAGGUAUGUAUCUUGGAUUUCAGAUUUUAAAAUGGUUGUAAGAUUUAAGUUGUUUCUUAGGAUUUAAUUUUGUGGAUUGACUUAACAACUGAAUCCUCAGAAAAAAGACCUCAUUUGAUUAUGAUUUCAUAAUAUAUAAUGCAUGUCCAGUUAACUUCACCUUCAUGAAAUAGAUUUUCUUAAUUAUGCCAAUAUAAAACAAAUAAAACUAUAUAUGAUUCAGUGACUUUAAAAGGCAUCUGAAUUAUAGGGUGAAAUUGAGUUUUUCAGUAAAUUGUGUAUUUAAAUUUUAAAAUAAAAAUUUAUUUAUUAAAGUAA